GGCUAGUAUGUUACAUCAGGGACCCGGCUGGUCCUCCUCGCGCCUGAUCGCCCUGCUGAUAAGAUGGGGCGCCGGGAUCGACCACAGAGCAUCUAAAAUAACCAAAAUGCUAGAGGACGGCGGGAAGGAAGUUUACCGGUACUCUCCUCUAGCUUAUGCUAUUCUCUACGCGACCAGGUUCAGAAGACGACAACAUCGGGCGGUCGCCAUCGCGCUGUUGCGCGCUGGGGCGAGUCUGGACGCUGUGGCCACAAUUUCGGUCUAUGACGCGCAAUGGAACCAAGGCGCGAGCCGAUCUGAGUCGAUCGAAUGGGUCCUGGGCGAGAAAGAACGACGGGAUCCUUCGCUGGUAAACAACGCGCACUACCUCGCGUUCAAGGCGUUUCUGCUUUCCGUGCGCACGGCGGGCGGUCAUCGUAGCUUUGUGAUCGAACAACGACGAACGUGCGCGUUGGUCCGCCACCUCGCGCUGCGUGAUCGUGCGACGACGCACGACGGCGCCUUAAAAUUCCUCGCCCGCACGGGCGAACGGGGCCUGUUCCGACGGGUGCUGUCGUACCUAUCGCCGCCGCCGCCGCCGCAGCCCACAACAUAUCUCAAUCUUCGCGUGAUGUGGAAGGAAAAUGGUGAAGAAACCUUCUUCAAGCUUAUUAGGUCCACAACACCACUCAUGAGGAUGUUUAGGGCCUACGCGCCGAAGGCCUCAGGAUAUCUGGAGGAAGAAGUCCAUGUCACCCAAUUGGUGUUUUACCUGCCCGGCUCUGAGGAACGGAUCGAGGAGGGCUGGCAGACGGGCGACGACCUUGGUCUCGAAGACGGAGAUACGAUCAUGUGCGAGCCCUAUGCGGGGUCUCUUGUAUGCAUCCGAGAUCAAAUUGUCGUGGUGAAGCAGAAAAUCGCGCUCGUGGAGGCCGACCAGCGGUACCUCAGUGCCGAGAACGCGGAGGAAGCCGUCGCGCGCGCGGCCGCCGCGGAGGCAGCGCGUCGCGUCGCCACGAGGGAAUGA